UUUGGAAUUUGCAGCAAACGUCAACGACAGCGACAACAAUACCGCUAUUCCCAACAAAAACACGUGCGGAAUCUACCGCAUCGUUUUCACCCUGAAACAGUCCACCAAAUUUCGACCGAAAUGGGAAAACGUAAAUCACAAACACCCGCUCCGCCCGCGUACGGGAACGAUUCCGACGGUUCCGACUACGAGGUGGAAUGGCAGGUGAAACCGACCCCGCCAAAGGUCACCAAAGCAGAACAGUUCCCUCUGCCGGCACAGGUCGCCAAGAAGCUGGAAAAGUCGGGCCGCCGUGGCCGGAAAGACUCUUCCUCGGACGACGAAAGCCUGCCGGAGACGGGCGAAGGGCUGCCGACACUGACCACUGCCCAGAUCGAUGCCAUCCUGCAGACGAUCAAGAACAACAAGCGCCUGGUGCUGUUGGUGAAGAACGUCAACUUUUCCACCGCCAAGGAAGAGAUCGCGGAACACUUUGACCAGGCCGGCCGGGUGAAGGGUGUGCGGAUACCAAAGCACCGUUCGUCCGGGUUCGCCUUUGUGGAGAUGCAAAAUGCCGAUGGCUUUCAGAAAGCGUUCCUGCUCGAUGGGUCGUACCUGGAUGGAAGAAAAAUCAGCGUCAAUCUGUCGGAAAGCGGCAACAAAAAGUCCGCCACCCGCAUCCAGCUGCUCGAGAAGAAGAAUGCCGAAAUUCUGAAGCUGCGCAAGAACAACCGAAAAAGCGUAAAAGCGGCCGAAAUAUCGCUCGUGCCCGAUCCGGCCAAGCUGCAGAAAAAGGUACCGCCACCGGACCGGUACCUCGACAAGCCGAAGCCAAAAAAGCUGACGAAAAAGGAAGUGAAAUUCGUGAAGAAACAAAAAUCGCUGCGGGCCAAGUUUCAGAAUUUAGAAAAGAAGGGAAUCAAGGCGUAAGGGCGUGUGGGUUGGGUAACAAAUAAACAUUCGCGAUUUUCAUACUGUAA